CAUACUGCAUUGCGAAUGUGUUUGCGAGCAUUAGCGUUUAACAUUCAGCGGCGCUAGUGUUUUUGUAGGCAGGACAUGUUGGUUUAGUGAAUUACCUACUUUUUUUUAAAAUUAAUAACGAAUCGUAGUUUAUUAGGUACAGUACACGCAAACAUGGAGAUCGGCACAGAGAUAAGCAAGAAAAUACGGGCUGCUAUCAAGGGAAAGCUUCAAGAACUCGGUGCCUAUGUCGAUGAAGAGUUACCAGACUAUAUCAUGGUGAUGGUGGCCAACAAGAAGACUUCCCAGCAGAUGUCUGAUGACCUGUCCCUCUUCCUCGGCAACAAUACCAUCAAGUUUACUGUCUGGUUACAUGGAGUCCUGGAGAAACUGAGGUCUGUGGCAGUAGGUAAGUUCAGGUUACAUGGAGUCCUGGAGAAACUGAGGUCUGUGGCAGUAGAACCGGCGUCCCUGAGGCCUCAGCUGUACUCCGACACUGGCACCUCGGCAGGGAAGAGCGAAUGGAAGGGGGAGGAGUCAAAGGGCCUUGCGGUGUCCAGCUCACGCUCUGAUAGGACAGAGACCCGCGUGUCAAGCUCCGCCCAUGAGCACAGAAGGGUCUCCUCAGACAAGACCUCCUCGUCCCGCCUCACCUCCAUGGUCAAGCCCCUGAUGGACCCUCCCUCCUCUGAGGCCGUCAUUGACAUCAAGCCCGAGCUAGACGAUGACCUUAUGGGCGAGGACCCCGUGGACAUGGGCGUCCUCCCGGGUCGCCUGCGUGGAUCCACCUCCGGAGGAGGAGGAGGGCGGGCAUCUGCUCAGAUCUACCGGCCGCCCCAGGGCAGGUCCUCCUCGGGGACAGGCAGGUCGACGGACGCCUAUAGGCCCUCAGAGGGGUCCUCUGGGUCUCACAGCAGGCAGCAGCAGCAUGGAAGCUAUCACCUGGACAGUAGGAGCAGCAGAGACAGCAGGACAUACAGAGAUGGAGGGGGAAGCAGGCAUCAGGAGGAGGCUUCGAGGAAGCGCAAGGCCCCGGUGGUGAGCUCUGUGGUGCGGGUGAACCAGUCAGCAGACGGGGGUCGAGACAGUGAUGAGGAGGAGGAGGACGACGAGGAGGAUGAAGGAUAUGGGGUCAAGAACCUGUCCAGCAGAGUGUCCCUGCCUUCCAAACCAGAACGCAAACCCACCCUGCCCCCGGCCAAACAGGCCAACAAGAACCUGCUGAUGAGGGCUAUGUCUGAGGCCCAGAUCUCCAUCAACAAGACUGCAGCCUACCCACCUAUACCACAGAGACAGACGGUUCCGGUGGCACCCAGGACCCGUUCAGCCAGUGAUGAGAUGAACGCAGCCAUCCAGCUGGUUCAGGAGCACCUCCACGGCCUGGUCCCCAGGGGGCAGACUUACACCCCCUCAGAGCCCCCCACCUCCAGGCAGCUAGAUCAGUCCCGGUCCCUGGCCUCACGGCUGCAGUUAGCCUUGCCAGAAGAUAACAUGAGAGCACAGCACAGUGACUAUUUAGCUCUAGAGGUGGCCGAGGGGAGUGUUCUGAGGCCUUUUGACACCCGCUCCUUCAUCACGAGGAGGCCUGAGCUGGGGGAGGAGGUGCUUCCUGUCAGGAGCAGACUGGGACAACUGGACAAGGUGCCUAUGACGAGUAGGCUGGGGCUAGAGGAGGUGGCACCUCCUAUGAGGAGUGGACUGGAGGAGGUGGCACCUCCUAUGAGGAGUAGACUGGGACUGGAGGAAGUGGAACCUCCUAUGAGGAGUAGACAGGAGGAGACUAUAGUGCCUAUGAGGAGCAGGCUGGGAGCCAUGGUCAAGGAGGAGAUCCAGCCAGCUACUCCACGCAUGGUGCAGCCAGCCAGCAGUGAGAAGGCUGAAGCCGUGGGGUCAGCCAGUCCUAAGUUCAUUGUGACCCUGGAUGGGGUUCCUAGCCCCCUGGGUAACCUAGGAGACUGUGACAUGGAGGCAGAUGACAGUUAUCCUAAACCAGCCAAGACCCCCAUGCCUGACCCCUCCAUCCACCUCAGAACAAAACCCAAACUCAGCAUCCACCACAGACUGCAGGGGGAGCCACAAUACCCUGACGAAGCAGGGAUGGAGACGGAGGAGGCGGGUCCUGUGAAGAGACGGAAGGUUCUGGAGCGGUGCAAGUUCUGGCCUGUCUGUAAGAGUGGAGACGACUGUGUCUACCUUCACCCUACUACACAGUGCAAAACCUUCCCCAGCUGUAAGUUUGGGGACAAAUGCCUGUUCGUCCAUCCUAACUGUAAGUUUGACGGCAAGUGUUCCAAACCAGACUGCCCCUUCACUCACGUCAGCCGCAGAGGACCCGCCCCCUACACCCCCCCAGUCAGACCAGCUCCUUCACCUCAGUCCAGCAGUGUGUGUCGUUUCUUCCCAGAGUGUAAGAAGAUGGACUGCGCUUUCCAUCACCCCAAGCCUUGUCGGUUUGGAGCCCAGUGUAAACGUGCUGGCUGCACCUUCUACCACCCCACUGCCUCAGUCCCUCCCAGACACGCCCUCAAGUGGACUAAGGCCCAGAACAGCUAGACAACAUGGGGGCCUGAGACCUGAGACUGACUGACAGUCUAGAUGUGGAGCUAUAGAACAGGGUUCCCCAACUUGCGGCGCGUGGCCUGAAUUUGGCCCGCAGGUGAUUUUUAUUUGGCCCCUCAAGUUUUUAGAGGUUUUUUUAUUUCUUUUUUUUGGACAUACAAAUAUCAGCUUCAAGUGAUUUUAACUUUGGUAAUCUGUUCCAAACUAUUCCCACGCGUAAUAGAGAGAAAUGUGAUUGUAUACAAAUGUAAGCAAGGUUUGAAGUAAUUAUGUUUUAGUCAAAUAUAUCUGUUUGGGCUUCUUGCCGUCAAUUUACAGUCUACACAUUUUUUUUUUUUUUUUUUAUGAUCUGGCCCCCUGAACAUCCGUUAGAAAAAAUCGUCCCGUGGCUGAAUCUAGUUGACGAUCCCUGCUAUAGAAGAUGUGGUGAUGCUGUUCAGUUAAUGUUUUAUUCUCUUACGGUUUAAUUAUCAACGAUUAUCUGGUCAGUCCUUUAUUUGCAUUUAUUUCAUUUUUAUUUGUGAAACUGACACAUUUUUUAACCAGACAAAACUUACAGGGUUUUGUAAAGUUGUUGUACUGCAAUUUUUUUUGAUAAUGCUGAAAGUAUAUUAAAAUACUCCACAUGUCA